AUGACUAAGCUGCAACCUACACCACAAGAGUCAACAAGAGCACCACAACCCUCAGGCAGCUCAUUGGCAUCACAAGCAGUUGCUGAAAGUUUAGUGAUGACAAAGCUGCAACCUACACCACAAGAGUCAACUACGCUUCCGGCACCACAACCCUCAGCCAGCUCAUUUACACCAUGGACACCAUCUACACCACAACCCUCAGCCAGCUCAUUCACACCAUGGACACCAUCUACACCACAACCCUCAGUCAGCUCAUUCACACCAUGGACACCAUCUACACCACAACCCUCAGCCAGCUCAUUUACACCAUGGGCACCGGUAACAGUGUCACAGUCUUCCAAUUUAUUUACAUCCGUUUUGUAUGGAAACAAUGACCAACUGAGCUGCAGGAGAUGCAGACAAAUAGAAGCUGCUGUCUGGCAGCUACAGUCUGCAAUUGAAAUUGCCAGUACAAAUCUGUAUGACGAUCAUGUAGAAACUGUCCAACCAGAACCCAUGCAAGCAGAUACUCUCCUGGAGUCAUUACCAUCAAGACCUGUUAGCCAGACCCAGACAAAUGUAUACAAUGGAAAGACGAAAGUUAAUUUUUACUUGAAGCCAAUAGUUUGUAAAAUAUUAUGUAUUGAAAGAACAGUUACAAGCUGUACGGGAUAA